GUACUCCAUUAAAAACCCGUAACCUCAUCUCUGUAGGGUUUUAAGUUCCAACCUCAAAGAGCCAUUGAAAACUCUCUCUCUCUCUCUCCCCAUCAAUGGCGUCUCUGUUCCCCAACCCCAAUUUCACACCCAUUUCACACUUCAUCAAACCCACCACCACCACCCCAACUCGCGUUCUUCUCUAUUCCAACACCAAACCGUCAAAAUCAUCAACCCCAUUCACCGCCAUUUUCUGCUCCUCCUCCAGUCCCCGAUCUCGGCCUACCUACAUCCCCAAUCGCAUCCCGGACCCCCACUACGUCCGCAUCUUCGACACCACCCUCCGCGACGGCGAACAGUCCCCCGGCGCCACCAUGACCAGCAAGGAGAAGCUCGACAUCGCCCGCCAGCUCUCCAAGCUCGGCGUUGACAUCAUCGAGGCCGGCUUCCCCGCCGCCUCCAACGACGAUCUUGAGGCCGUCAGAGUCAUUUCUCAGGUGGUCGGUAAUUCGGUCGAUGAGGAUGGUUUUGUGCCUGUCAUUUGUGGCCUUGCUCGAUGCUGUAAGAAUGAUAUUGAUGCUGCUUGGGAGGCUAUCAAGUUUGCCAAGAGGCCCAGGAUUCAUACUUUUAUUGCUACCAGUGAAAUUCAUAUGAAGAACAAGCUCAAGAAGAGUAAAGAGGAGGUUUUGGAGAUUGCGGUCAGUAUGGUCAAGUAUGCCAGAAGUUUGGGAUGUGAUGAUGUUGAGUUUAGCCCUGAAGAUGCUGGACGAUCUGAUAGAGAGUUUCUUUAUCAUAUUCUGGGUGAAGUUAUUAAAGCUGGGGCUACAACUCUGAAUAUCCCCGAUACUGUUGGCUAUAAUAUGCCUAAUGAAUUUGGACAAUUGAUUGCUGACAUAAGAGACAACACACCUGGAAUCGAAAAUGUUAUUAUUUCGACACACUGCCAUAAUGAUCUUGGGCUUUCUACUGCCAACACAUUAGCGGGAGCAUGCGCAGGUGCAAGACAAGUGGAAGUAACAAUUAAUGGCAUUGGUGAAAGAGCCGGUAAUGCUUCAUUAGAGGAGGUUGCCAUGGCCCUUAAAUGCCGUGGAGAACAAGUGUUAGGAAACCUUUAUACCGGGAUCAAUACACAACAAAUUGUUAUGUCAAGCAAGAUGGUAGAAGAGUACAGUGGACUGCAUGUGCAACCACACAAGGCCAUUGUUGGGGCUAAUGCUUUUGCUCAUGAAAGUGGUAUCCAUCAG